AUGGACAGAAUGUAUUUGGAUGAGAACGGGGAGCUGGCAGCCGACUUGGACAUUGUGAACUGGGUAGUGUUCCCCAAUAAGUCCGUCCUCAGAGUGAAGUUUGGGAGUAUCGACAGACAGGGAUCCCCAGACCUGAAGUGCUCCAUCGACCAGGAUGCCAUUGUGUGGCCUGAGUGGCUCAAUCAGACCCUUCCUACUUCCAGGUGUGUGGAAAGCUGUCGCCCUGGAUCCGUCAAGGUGAUUCAGGAAGGGAAGCCUCUUUGCUGUUAUGAAUGUCUUCCCUGUGCAGAAGGGACCAUCUCCACUCAGGAAGAUGCAGACCAUUGCGAAAAAUGCCCAGGAAAUCAGCAUCCAAACAAGGACCAAGAUCGAUGUGUGUUCAAGCAUAUCACCUUCCUAGCCUAUGAAGAAUCCCUAGGGAUUAUCCUACUUUCCCUUGCCCUACUGGGGGCCUUAACCACAAGCUUUGUCUUAGGAAUCUUCAUUAAAUACAGCGAAACUCCCAUAGUCAAAGCCAACAACCGGGACCUCUCCUACAUCCUCCUCGUCUCUCUCCUGCUUUCCUUUUUGUCCUCCUUCCUGUUCAUUGGGAGGCCAAGGAAAGGGACCUGCCUUCCUCGACAAAUGGCCUUCAGCAUCAUCUUCUCUGUUGCUGUUUCUUCUGUCUUGGCAAAAACCAUCACGGUGGUUCUGGCCUUCCUGGCCACCAAGCCAGGGAACACAGUGAGGAGAUGGCUGGGGAAGAGUCUGGCCCACUCCAUUGUCCUUUCAUGUUCCAGUAUGCAAAUUAUCAUCUGCACCAUCUGGCUGGGUACCUCUCCCCCAUUCCCAGACUCUGACAUGCACUCUCAGAUGGGAGAAAUUAUUCUGCAAUGCAACGAAGGGUCUGUGGUCAUGUUUUAUGCUGCCCUCGGCUACAUGGGCUUCCUGGCUUCCAUCUGCUUCACAGUGGCUUUUCUAGCCAGGAAUCUGCCUGGGUCCUUCAAUGAAGCCAAGCUGAUCACCUUCAGCAUGCUGGUCUUCUGCAGUGUUUGGGUGUCCUUUGUGCCCACCUACCUGAGCACCAAGGGGAAGUACAUGGUGGCUGUGCAGGUCUUCUCCAUCUUGGCCUCCAGUGCUGGGCUCCUGGGCUGCAUCUUUAUUCCCAAAUGCUACAUUAUUGUGCUGAGACCUGAUCUGAACACAAAGGAGCACCUGACAGCAAAAGCCAAAGAUAGCAUCUGAUUCUGAAAAUAUUACUUUUCAAGAAU